AAUACAUCGUAGAUUCAACAGCGGUAAGUCACUUCUCCCCAGCAUAUUUUCAACACCAUCCUAUCGACUACACUUCACAUCAUCGUUGCCAGUGCAUAAUAAAACCCAAGCCUAUCCCAGUCUACAACCCAAUAUGGCAUCAGGCCCCUCAACAACAGAAGGCUCAACCUUCACCCCCGACAUCCCCUCUGAAGCCGUCGUCAAAGCCACAGACGACAUCUACAUCGAAUUGACGCCCCACGACCUCGACUCGCGUGCCCUAACAACCUUCGUCCGCUCUCCCAACGCGGGCGCAACCGUCCUCUUCAUCGGCACAACGCGCGACUCCUUCAACAACCUACCCGUCUCCGGCCUAGCAUACACAUCCUACACACCCCUAGCCAAAAACACGUUGUUCAAGAUCGCAACCACGAUCCUGGAGAAACACAAGUGCACCAAGAUCGCUAUCAGUCACAAGCUGGGCGAGUGUCCGAUCGGCGAGGAGAGCAUUGUGAUCGCGGUGAGCGCGCCGCACAGAAAGGCGGCAUGGUUGGCGGGCGAAGAGGCGUUAGAGAUGACCAAGGACAGGGCUGAGAUUUGGAAGUUGGAGAGAUUUGAGGGGGGGGAGGGGGUGUGGAGGGCGAAUAGGGAUGGAGUUAUGGGGAACAAGGUACCGAAGGAGGAAGAGAAGGGGUUGCCGAAAGUGUAGAAGGACCUGGAGUCGUGGAAUGGAGCUAGGGGAACCGGACUGUGGCAGAUGAAUUAGGCAAACAGUACUUGGGCGGGUGCGGGGGAGGUUAGUGAGGUAGAGGGCCUCAAAAUGAUGGGGUGCAUGAUGUUGAUGUUGAGGCAGGCGGAGAGAAGGACAGUAAGGCUGGCAGAAUGGUAACUCUAGAUCUGGCACUGCCAAGCAGAUCGCGUUGGUUUAGAGGAUGUGCUAGUUUGGACAAUGCCUUUGUCUGGAAAGAGCUGAAGUUGCUUAGCAAUUGAGGCUUUCGAAGAUCGCACGGGUUUGGCGAGGGAUGGCUGAAGAAGCAUUACGGGAGGAUAGAUCCACGGAGCGGGAGCUAUACUAGUGACUACAAAACGAUG